UGCUCCUCUAUAGCCCACUUCAUCUCGAUUUUCGGAUCGCUCGAUAUCCGGUGCGGGAUCCCCGACGUUUUUGCUCCUGCUCUCGUGGUUGUCCAUCCCUGAGGCAUCUUGCACAGCCCACGGUUACGACGACAUCCGAGAACAUGUGUCCAUUCACGUCGUUGCCAGCAGGCGAAGGCCCCGCUCGCUUUUCACCUGCAGCCGUCCAAGAUUGGGCUCCAAGGCGCAAGUCAGUGUCCAACGCCUGCGAAAGGUGUCGAAGACGCAAGAUUCGAUGCGAUGGGGACACUCCCUGUGCAACGUGUAAAAGAUUCUCAUUAACAUGUUUAAGAACGCAAAAACCAAGAGAAGUCGUUGCAUCAGAACAUCAAGCCGCACUAGAAAGUCGAAUACACCAUCUUGAGGCGCAAUUGGCUGCGCACGUAAAUGCACCCAUGCAUGGAAUGGAGUCAAUAGACGAAAAUCUCAUGGCCUCGACACCAACCAGCUUCGAUUGGGGACAAAGUUCAACUUCACUGUCACUUGAUACCAGCUUUGCCUCCGCUUUCACCUCGGAACCCUCGCAGAUGAAUCUGGGAAGCUUCUCGGCUGGCGGGGUAGGUCCAAGAGUGCCCGCAAUAGCCAUCACUGAAUGUGAGCUUGUCCCCAAAGCGGCAGUUGUAUCUUCACCAGUACCAUCAUUCUGGUCAGGCACCACACGCGCGUCGUCCCCCGAUGCCCAGCCUACGAGUGCGCCAUCGUAUCCGCCGAUGGGGUUUCCCGUGAGCACGAAAUCUUACACACCGUCACCAGGCCCACCGCACGCUACAGAGUGGGAUUUCAUGGCCCAAAGAAACAAGCUAAAGCCUGAGGCACCUCAGAGUGGUAGCAUUUCCCGUGCUACCUCCACAUCUUCUCACUCGAUGGAAAGCGAGGAGGCCGGCACUGAAGACGAAACCGAUGUUCUACCUCUUGCGCCUGCGCCUCGCCUACCCCGUCCCGGACUUUUCGCUGCCCACACCGAAAGCCCCCCACCGGGCUCCUCGCGCUCGAGCUUCACUGAUAGGAGCAGAGCCCUCACCACCACACCGUUCCCGAGCCGCUUCGAAGCCGAAACUCUGACGUCCGAAUUCAUUCAGCACUUGGAAUCUGCGGAACAAAGAGGAUACUCUGUAACGCCUGGCCUCUUCAGCCGCUUCUGCGAGUCUGUCUACCCAGAUCCCAAAAAGCGGGGCAUUGCCCUCGAGAUCCCUGUAUCGACGCAAAUGGCUCGUUUCCAUGUCUUUAUGGCCAUGGCCAUCGGCAUGAAGAUGCGCAUCAAGGACAGCCCGGAAAACACCAACUCGCUGCUCGACACCUGCUACGACCUCGCCAUGCAGCAAGCGUCAUCCCCGCCUUUCUGGCAAGAAAAUGGAGGUGUCGAAGCCACGCAGCUUCUCAACAUCUUCGCGUCUAUCCGUAAGGAGCCGACGUUUGCACCCAAGCCACUGCAGCCCUCGAUGUCUUGGUGACACGUGCUUGCGAGGGGGAGGUUGGGUUUUGUUUCUGGGCAAAGUGGCAGUUUGAUCGAGGCAUUUUGCAUUGCAGAGCCGCUCCUGUACACUACCCAUGCAUUGUUUUCACUGUACAUGUCUUCCAGAUAUACCAAAGCAAUAGAUUCCAUGUCC